UAAAAGAGGGGAUAAUUAUUUUUCGACAUUCUUAUACAAUAUUCGUUGGGUCAUGAGAGAAUUAAAGAGCCCCUUGAACAGAUAUAAUUAAAUGUCUAAGAAAAAGAGAAACACUGCUCAUUAGUAGCAAAAUUAUCAUGAAACGGAUAGACGAUGGGGUCUCGUUACGUAAUACCAACUGGAUCACUGACCUAAAAACUUUGUAAAUUUAGUCCCAAUGACAUCUGCAGAAUGUGGAUGGCGCGGCAGAGAGGUGGUACCGCGAAGGUGGUUGAGUCGUUUUCGCUUUAGCGAAAUGAUUGAAAGUGUUUCUCGGAGAGCGUUGAGUGGCUCCAGUGGGAGCUACCACGUUCGCGGUGCAGAACUGGCACGUGAUCGUAGGCUCAAAUCUCUCUCAGCAACUGUUGUCUUCCUUGACGAUACUCAGCACACCUUCCAAUUGGAUAAAAGAGCCAAAGGACAGGUACUUCUGGAUCUGGUUUAUCAGCACCUGGAGUUGAUUGAAAAAGAUUAUUUUGGAUUACAAUACACAGACAAUGGUGCCACUCCUUCCGUAUGUCCCAAUCCAGAUAUAAUGCGAUGGUUGGAUCCAGCAAAGCCAGUGAAAAAGCAAAUAAGAAGUAAGGGUGGACAAUUUUUUUUUCGAGUCAAAUUUUACGUGUCUGAUCCAAGCAAACUACAAGAGGAGUAUACUAGAUAUCAAUUUUACCUACAAAUUCGAAGGGAUAUUUUGCAUGGUCGACUUCAGCUACCUCCGAGUACAGCUUGUCUUAUUGCAAGCUAUACUGUUCAAUCCGAGUUGGGAGAUUACCAUCCCGAGGAACACGGACCUGGAUAUCUUUCUAGGCUACAACUAAUACCAGGUCAAACAGAGGAGAUGGAGAAAAAAAUUGCUGAAUUACACAAACUUCACAAAGGACAGCUACCCGCUGAUGCAGAAUUCAAUUUCCUGGAUCAUGCUAAACGACUGGAUAUGUAUGGAGUCGAGUUACAUAAGGCAAGGGAUUCGACGAAUAAAGAAAUUCAAUUGGGCGUUACUUCCAUAGGCCUAGUAGUCUUCCAAAAUAAUAUAAGGAUAAAUGUAUUUUCGUGGUCGAAAAUUGUCAAAAUUUCAUUCAAACGGAAACAAUUUUUCAUCCAGCUCAGAAGAGAACAGUGUGAAAACUACGAUACUCUACUUGGAUUCAAUAUGCAAACAUAUCGUAGCUCCAAGAAUCUGUGGAAGGCAUGUGUCGAACAUCACACUUUCUUCAGACUUCAUAGCCCUAAAAUGCGUUCCAGACGGUUUCCUCUCACGUUAAGUAGUAGAUUCACAUAUUCUGGUCGCACUGAAUUCCAGACUGUAGAAGAUGGCAAACAUCGUGCACGAGUAGAAAGAACAUUCAUUCGAUCUCCCAGCAAAAGGUUGGUCCAUGGCGUUACAUCGGCACCUGUUGGUGAUGACAAAGGAAAGUUAACUCUACCACCUGGUAGACCCGUCCGACCUUAUGACAACAAAGUUCAGUCGCUGGGUGCUCGAGAACCUCGUCAGGCAUGGGGUGAAGGAAACGCUAGCGACGAUGAGGGUGGUUUUUUGUCCCUCAGAGAGGAGAUAACCGGAACACAUAUACAAAGCGGCGCCUUUUCUCCGGUACUUGGCUCCAGAGUACUAAGUUAUGCGGAUGAUGAUACAGCUAUUGAUAGAAAUAUUUACGAUCUUCCGGACUACAGCGAACCCACAAGUUCUCCCGCACCUCAGAUAUUAGAGGACGGCCUUGUGAAUAUAAGACUUACACCGGACGAACAAGGUCGAUUUGGUUUCAAUGUAAAAGGUGGGCUCGACCUUGAUAUGCCGAUACUGGUAUCUCGUGUGGCACCAAACACCCCAGCUGAUCGCUGCUACCCUAAGCUGAAUGAGGGAGAUCAGGUGGUUUGUAUCAAUGGGAUCGACGUGAAUGGAAUGCUCCACGAACACGUCGUCAACUUGAUACGACAAUCACGUGAUUCUGGAACUGGUGAGCUCACUUUGACCGUGCGUCCCAAUGCUCUGUACAACGCAUUGGCUGGAACCGAUGAAGCUUCGGAAGAGGAACCACCCUAUAGAUAUGUUCCGGACGCACCUCAUGCGGCUGUUGGAUCAGAUGCUCUCGCUCAAUCGAUGCUUUUGCUAGCCGACGGGCUGGCAAGUGGAGCUCUAAUCGCACAGUACGAACAACUAUACAGGAAGAAUCCAGAACUUGUGUCACUUGAAUCAAAAAAGCCAGAAAAUCAAAACAAAAAUCGAUAUCGGGAUAUUUCUCCAUACGACGUAACCCGAGUUAUUUUAAUGGGAUGUAUCAAUGGCGAUUACAUAAACGCGAAUUACGUAAAUAUGGAGAUUCCAGGGUCAGGAAUCAUCAAUCGAUACAUCGCUACACAGGGACCAUUGUCGUCGACAGUUGCUGACUUCUGGCAAAUGGUUUUGGAGGCAGGCAGCACGUUGGUAGUGAUGCUGACUACACUCGUGGAACGUGGUCGGGCAAAGUGUCAUCAAUACUGGCCUGCUCUCAAUGAGACUCUCACUUUGAGGAAUUUGACACUUACUUCAACGGCAGAGAACGUAGAAGAUACUUUCGUCUUUCGAGAAUUUAUUCUCCGUGAUAUUAACACCGGUGAGGAGAGAGACAUAACGCAUAUGCAAUAUUGCGCUUGGCCGGAUCAUGGGGUACCAAGCGAUUGGAGGCAGUUUACUACCUUUACGGAACGGGUGAGAGCGGCUCGCACUGGAAUGGUAGAACCAGCAGUUGUUCACUGUUCGGCAGGAAUUGGUCGAACGGGUGUUUUGGUUUUGAUGGAAACUGCUCUCUGUCUCAUGGAAGCUAACCAACCUGUUUAUCCCCUCGACAUUGUACGUUCUAUGAGGGAUCAAAGAGCAAUGAUGAUACAGAAUGCUAGUCAAUACAGGUUUGUAUGCGAGGCUGUUCACAAGGCAUACACGGAAGGAAUUGCCAAACCUCUACCGGAAUUUAGCAGAUGAGAAAAAAAUGUCUGACUAAUUAAUUCAAACACAAUGCCAUAGUCGCCUUACUGUCCGUAAUUAGGUAUUUGGAUAGUAGAGGUCGAAACCCAUAUAGUUUUAUACCCGACAAUAAUAUUUUUAAUCCUCUAGGAAAAUGAGCAACAUCUAAAGCACCCUUUGGAAUUCAUUCAGGGAUAUAAUAUUUAGGUAUACAAGCAGCUUUUAGAGCUUUGCUUCAGGUAGAGUAUAAAUUAAACAUUGAUAUUAUAUUCCAUAGUACUGACACAACGCAUGAUGAUCCUUAGUUAGAUUUUACCUUGUCGAGCUGAAAUGAUAUGUUCGAUGAUGUAUUCACGUCUCGUUCUUUGAAACUUUUCUCUACUUACCGAAUUGAGAUAAUAUCAAUUUCCGCUCUACUCGUUGAAUGAAAAAAGAAACAAAAUUAUUUACCAAAACGUAGCUUUGCGUGAUAAUAUUCAGAAACUCCUUUGGUUGCAUGUAGCGUAAUUAAUUCAUCGUGGAUCAUUAAUCGUAAGUACGAUUAUAAGCCUUUAUACUGAUGCGUGUUCCGAGUAUCUUAUCUGGCUGAACCUGAAUUUGAAAUAUCGAGAUCCUGUGUUUUAAUACAUCUUCAAAAUCCUUGUACUUAUCAUUGUCACUACUUAUCACUUACAAUUAGACCGUUAUUCAUUAACACCGAACCUUGCAUAACUCGCGCAUGCGAUCAAAUUUCAGUUGUAUUAAUCAAGUAAGAUUACUAGCAUGCGAAAGCACUCGGACCAAAAUUUAAAAAAAUGUAUACACGAGUAUCAGGGUUGCAAAAAAUUGUUCAUUGGAAACAAUUAUCAUUAUUUAUUAUUAAUAAUGUUGGAAACAGGAAUAAAUUUUAAAGGCUCAAGAACAGUGCCUUGCAUUGAGCUAAUAAUCACAGCAGGUAAUGUGGGUUCACUAUUUAGGCAAAAUCCAAUCAACUUUUUAGUUAAGGUUUCAGCUAUAAUUUUAUUUUAUUUUAUGGUAUGUUAUUAUUAUUAUUAUUUAUCUUUAUUCCCUCUCCCCCCCCCCCCCCCCAAAUAUCUUGCAGCUCUGAUUAGUUCUGUUCAAUCUUUCAAUUGUAUAUUUUUGUAUUAUUAUUGAUUUAAAAAGCAUACCUGAUUUAUGCAAUAACCUUAACAUGUACAUAAAAAUAAGAUAGAGGAAAUAUUAUUUUUCAUUUUAAUUAGCAAUUUUAUUAAAAAAAAAAACAUUACCACGCACGUCUGGUAUUUAACAUACUGUCAUAUCGUCCAUCCCGUGGUGAUAAACAUACCUAUAUUCUAUUUAGGUAGAGAAGGGCAAAAAAAUCAUUGGUAACUACAUAUGUUUUUGAAUGUGAAAAAUUAUUUCGGUAACAAUUGAGUAUUCCCAAAACAAUAUGACGUGUAUGAUUAAUUAUACAAACCAGUAUUGAUAAGUACAAUUAUAUAUUUCUAUGAAGAAAAUUGAAGAAAAAAAUAAUAAUAAUCAUAAUGAAAAAAAAUUGAAAAGUUUAGUACAAAAAUCGUAAAACACAUUUAUAUGAAACAUCGUCAGUUAACAAGUAUUACCAGAAGUAAUAAUUAACUGUGCUUAACUUAUAUCGAGAAUUAUGUCCAGUAAUGUAUUAGGGUAAAUUUUAAUUGGUAAGAAAUUAGUAGCUGUCUAGUCUCGUGAUUGAUUUGUACUUGUCAAUUAUUUAAAUAAAAUAAUUUUACAAAAUUGUGAAACUAC